CAUUCGUUACCGGGGGCUCGCCCGCGCCGGGUGUGUGUGACGUGCCGUGAUCGCGAGUUUACGUGGAAAAAUAUAAACAAAUUGUUGAUCGCCAUUUCGAGGUAUAUCCUAAUAUAAGAUGAGAUGAAAAUCCCGAACAAACCACAUAGUGUUAUUUAAAACAAAAUACGUAAAAAAUACAUUUUAUAUUUAUUAACACAUUGACAAUAAAUCAAGCCAAAUCAUAGUAAAAAUUAGAGUCUAUUUUAAAAAAAGGAAAUUAUUUUCAUAUUUUCUUUAAAAAGUUCAAAUCAAAUAUUUAAAAUUCGAACUAGUGAUUGCCGUUAACUAUUUUUAUCGAUACUUUUUGAAAGUGAUAUUUUAGUCGGAUUAUUUUUGGUAUAAAAAUGAGUAUCGAUUCUAAUUCGUCUGCCAAAAGGCUUAACCUCGAGAGGGCCACAAAUUUUAUGAGGCAGUUUCGGGACCCGGACUCUAGGGAACUCAAGAAGCUGUCUGCCAACCAGUUCAUGGAAGUUUGGAGCCAUUACGAUAGGGAUGGUAAUGGCUACAUCGAGGGAACAGAGCUGGACGGGUUCCUCAAGGAGUUUGUCUCCAGCGCAAACUUUACUGACAUCAGUCCGGAUGCGGUGUCAGAUGAAAUGCUGGUGGAAUUAAAGGCGUGCUUCAUGGAGGCCUAUGAUGACAACCAGGAUGGCAAGAUCGACAUACGAGAGUUGGCACAGCUACUGCCGAUGGAAGAGAACUUCCUACUUCUGUUCAGGUUUGACAACCCUCUGGAGUCCAGCGUCGAGUUCAUGAAGAUUUGGCGGGAAUACGACACGGACGGCAGUGGCUACAUAGAAGCUGAUGAACUCAAGAAUUUCCUACGAGAUCUUCUGAAAGAGGCAAAGAAGAUUAACGACGUUUCAGAAGAUAAAUUGAUCGAAUAUACUGACACUAUGCUCCAAGUUUUUGACUCAAAUAAGGAUGGGAGACUACAGCUGUCAGAAAUGGCCAAACUGCUGCCCGUCAAAGAGAACUUCCUCUGUAGACAAGUCUUCAAGGGAGCGACAAAACUCACGAAAGAUGACAUUGAAAGAGUCUUCUCUUUGUAUGAUAGGGAUAACAAUGGCUCGAUCGAGAACGAGGAACUCCGGGGAUUUCUAAAGGAUUUAUUAGAAUUAGUUAAAAAGGAUUACGAUGCGCAAGACCUCCUAGAGUUUGAAGAGACCAUUCUCCAAGGAGUCGAGUACAGCAGUGAAGGCAAGAUAAGCAGAAAACAACUGACAAUGAUACUCUUAGCCCUCGCUAAACAUCACCAAGAAGAGGAACCGGCAACUCCAUAAGUGUAUCCGAAGUCGACCGCCACUCCGUCCCAAUAUCCGAACGAAUUUCUAGCGUUGCGUACGUUUUGACACAUUCGGCGCCAUCUUGGUUAAUUUGACAGUUUAGUUUGAAAUUCGAAUUAGUUCUUUUUUUUGUAUAUUACAAGGUUGAGGUUUGGUUUUCCGAGGGUUUCAUUUUGCAAAUAGUUUAACUGUUAAAUUAAUAAUUUUCAAUAAUUUAUUUUCCUGCGUCCAGUCGUUAUUAAGUAUCCAAAUGGUAUAAAAGAUAAAAGCUUUUUUUCUUGCAAUGAAUGUGUCAAAACAAGUUUUAAGGGCUGGGAUAAAUAGUUGUAACUUAGUAUAUGUAUUAGUCGAUUUAACUGUUCCGUUUCUAACUCGAAAUAGUGAGCCCCCCAGUUUGAGAUUGUGGCUAAGGUUUCCUUUGCUAAAAUAAUUUAAAACACAUAUUUUAGUCGGAAAUAAUGCACAAACUAGCAGUAAUUUAUUAAUAAUCCAAUAUCAAUAGCCCAUUUAAUCAUUUUCAAGAAAUAUAUCAUAAAACAUUAUUUUCAAUACUUUUGCUGAGAAGCUGGGUAAAGUUAAGACCACAAUCUCUUUUAAUAUUACGAGUACCUAUGAUAUUUUUUAAAUUGCACCCACAAAUAAUAAUAACCGCUUUCUUUAUAUUCGGCAUUUAUUGGAAAAAAGAAACAUCAAUGUCAGAGGACAUCCCUAACUCGACUAAACUAUUCAUCUCGACUAUUUAUCGUAUCUCUAAUUAUGAGCUUAAAAAAAAUUACGUUUCUUUUUUUUAAGCUAAAUUAUUACAUUGACAUUCAUACUUAAGACACUUAAAAUAGAGUGCAAAUAUUAAUUAUAUACUUAUAAUAUAUUAAUAUACAAUACAUGAUCAUUUACAAAGCCAAAUCGUAUGCCAAAUAUUUUAUACCUAGCUAUUUGAUCGACUCUUGGUUUAAAUGAAAAUUAGACACACAGUUCUCUGAAAAGACGUUUUAAAAUUGGAAUUAAAUAGAGAUAGAAUAGCUCAUCGAGACUCAAAAUAUAAAAAUUGUUAUUGAGUCGAUUAUUUUGGAUGACAAUUUCUAAUUUUUAAAGCCAGUACUAAAAUUAAUUAAAAUACUUUUUCAUUAGGAACUACUUCACAAAAUUUGUAGUCACUAUUCUCUAGUAGUUUGACUCGAACAAAAUAUAAACAGUAAGUACCUGACCCUCAUUUUCAUUUCUACCAAGAGAUCCUUUAAAAAUAUUUUCAUAAACCAUUUUAAUGAGAAAUGUAGUUGAACGUAACAUGUUAUUAUUCUGAUGCGUACAUAUCAUUGCUGAUCACGUGGCAUACUAUUUUAGAUACACACUGUUUCAAUCAAGAAAUAUCUAUAUUCCACUUAUGAUGGGCUAACGAAUCAUUUGACUACGGAAAAAUAUAAAAUUCUUCAUCAAUAUAUGGAUGCACACGAAUGCAUAUACUUAGGUAUCUGCUACGAACUAUAAGCGAUAAAUACGUGAUAAAACAUCAUUUUUUUGCUACCUACUUAGCUAAAUGCUACUUACACUAGUUUGUACCUAUCGUACCUAAAUUCCAAUGGACGAAGACGAUCGAUUAACUUUUAAUGAGCACAUUUAUAGAGACUAGGCAUUCAACGUUUUUAAGAGCGCCGCUUUUAUCCUACAGUUUGCUGUCGUUGGCAUCACGACACACACGACACAAAACGUGGUCUGCACAUGCCCUUAAUUACCUACCUAUGUGAUAUUGAAAUUUUGGAGAACACACUUCAAAGUAAAAUGCCAGGGGAAUUAUGUUGAUUGAAUCUUGCGUAAAAGUGAAGAUCAAUCACUCUUAAAUUCAACUUACCCUUUUCUAUCUUCCAAUUAUAUACCAUUCCUACAUACUACUUAUCGUAACCUCAAAACAGAUAAUCGAAAAUCAUCACAAAAAAAUAGUAAAAAAUCCAAAACUUUUAUUAAAGUUACUGACUUCUACUUAAUAGAAAAAGAACAUAGAAUUUUCAGCUCAAUUUUUCCACUUUAAAAAAUAACUUUGGCCUAAAAUUUUAAGAAUAAAUUUAUUUACAAUUUACCUCUCUACUCUUAUCCUACCUUAUCCUUAACUUUCGUCCACUCGUAGGAAAAAAAUACUACGAAAAAAUGGCUGCAAAAUCAUUCUAGAAUAAUUGAUGUAGCUUUAAAUUGUCUUGUUAGAUUUUCUCUAAAUGUCUUCGCUUAAUCCCUCUGUAGAUACGAAGCUAAAUAUAUUAAAAUGUGAUAAUAAUAAAACAACAUAAAAGCAUAUUGGUGUUAAAUAAAAUUUGCUUCUUCAUGGGCUAAACAUAAUUCAAAUAAAAAAGUUUUCGGAAAAGAGGUUCAUGUGUGUGCCGGUAUUUUUUUUUCAAAUAAAAUUACGUAAGUAUUAUUUUUUUCAUAAAUGUUUUAUUAUCUUGUUGAAUAAAAAUAAAAACUAAUAUAAGCAAAAAUAUUUAAUUUGAUGUCUCACAUAAGUAUUGUUUUAUAAUGAAUAAAAUAUUGUGAUGUUAAUUAGUAUUUUGUAUAAAAAGGUUUGAUGACUGCGAAAAUUAAAAAUAAACCUUGUACGAUAAAGAAUAACGACGUAUAAUAGCCCUGGAUAAGUACAGAUUUAUUUUUGAUUUUAUGUCAUCCGAGCUUAAAUCGAUGUUAAAUAUAAAUGAGUAUAAUAAUAUAGUUAUUGUUGAAAUACCCUGAUUGUGUGUAGCGGCAUUCUGUGUAUUAUUUUAAAAAAAUAUGUAUAUUAAAUUAAUGUACAGUGAGCAAAAGAGGCGAGUGAGCAACAAAAUGGUUAGAAGGAACAAGAAUCUUGUGUUUAUAACUGGAGGCCAGUCUAAAGUACAUAAGUACAAAAAAAAAUUAAAUUACAACUCAUAUGAACUUGAUGUGACAUUCUGUUAAAGCUAAGUCAACUGUUCAAAUGGUGUGUGCUCAAAUGUUAAUUGUUAAGUUUUAUAGAUGUUUCAUUACCGAUAAAAUGCUUAAUUUGAGUGGUAGAUUUCUAACACGCUCUGCAUAAAAAAUCUUUACUGUGAUCUCCAGUUUUAACAUUGUAUUAUCAUCAUCUCGAUAGACAAACUGCUUUGAACACAAAAGACGGAGACACUCACUUACCUCUUUUGCCGUUUGUAGUCUAUGAAUAUUUUAUAUUAAAUAACAAAAAUCUUAAAUAUGUGUUGUGAUGGUAUAACGUGUAGCUUUAAAUAUUUACCAAUGAGUUUAACUUUAGAAUUUUUGCACAAUGAAACAUCGCUCAAGUAUCUUUAACCUACUUGCUAACGCUUGACUUUUUUUUAUAUCCUCUUUAUUUUCAAUCGCUUACUGUCUGAACGUCCUUAGGUAAAUAUUUUUAACGUUUUUCAGAACGCAUUAUUUUGUACUUGUUACUUACUAGUCUUUUGGAAUUAAAGAAAUAUGAUGAAUGAAUGAUUUCCCAACUCGUGGAAUAAUAUUGAAUAAUGGAAUCGGCCAUUAUCUUUUCCCAUCGAGUUGUGUAACCAGAUUUACAGAAUUAACUCAAAUAGUAAGACAUGCGCUUUAUUUUCGCCUUCUCUACUACAUUAUGAAUAUGAGUAGGUAUAUAUUUAUGUAAAUAAUUAUUAUUUUAUGGUCAUGUUAUAAAAUGUUUUUGAUGUUUCAUUGUCUAGUCAUUUUUUUUUAAUUUAUAGCUUUUUUUAUAUAAUAGAUGUCCGUAUUAAACGAUAAAUGGCUAUUUAUUAUAAUUAUGAUUAAUUCCUUCGCCUGGCACUAAGUGUUAAAUGUAAGGUUGGAAUACGAUGAUGUUUGUUAUAAAAUGUUUAUAUUUAUAA